AUGUCUGAUGAGAUGCCCUCCUGGCGAGCCCUCGCGAGCGCGGCGUCGCGUUCCAUCAAAAGUUAUGUCUCCCAGCGCGACUUCAAGCGCGCUUUCCCUGUGACUCGAGACGUACGCGCGGACGGAGACAGGUUUUCCAGAGUACAAUCAUGGGGCCAAUGGGCGGGGCAGAAAUUGCGUCGGGGCUCACAGAACGACGGUUCUGCGAUCGAGAGGGUAUCUCUGUUCCCCGGCUGGGCGACCAGAGAAUACCACCAUGUUCAGGACAACACCGCCAAGAAUGGUACCCCUUUUGACGUCGAGGUAUUCGUAUCGGGUUUCGCUUCUCGUUCAAGCGGGCUAGGGUUCGGCAGCCGAUCAGGUAGAGCAUUCCUGAGAAUAGCGAAAGGAUAUGCUGCAUUGCCGAAGCUUGCACCAGUUGGCGUGCCAGUGAUUAGAAAUGCCACCGAUUCACGUGCAGUCGAGGAUUCGAACCUAUACUUUCCAGACGAAAUGGAUGAGGGCGCAAUAGCUGAACAGCUGGAUAAUGAAGUCCGUGACUUGGACCCUCUCGAGGAAGACGGAGCAAGUUCCACGGCCGCAGGCCUCGCUGAACCCAUGUCGUUCUCAUAUACCGGUGGCUCUCGUAACCAUCCACUCAAUUCUCCCGCAUCUCCGAAUAGUAUCCCAAGACCAAAGACGCCCGCACGAUUUCUCACUGCUGACCUACAAAGAUGGCAUGCAAAUCUGGAAGCGCGCUUAUAUCCCUUUUGGUCGUCCGCACUGUCCGCUCGAACUAUCCGCGUGUCUCUCUACACCAUGGACCCCACAGUAUUUGAGUCAGACAACCAAGCAGCCUGCUCUAAUGCUGCUGAAGAUGGCAUAGAGCGUCGUCCAAUAGCUGUUCGGGAUGUAUUAACAGCACCCGAUGGCUUCUUCCAGAUCAAAUUCAACAUACCGUGGGAUACAAUGUGCACUCACCCAGGAGCAUUAGAAAUCGCUUUUGGUGAUGCAGCGUUGGAAUACAAUCUCUUCAUUCUUGCGGAACUGUUCCCACCAAUAUCGUCUACCCCAUCCGCCCAUACAACUGUCCAACCUCCUCGAUAUUUCCCUUAUCCAUCGGCUACGACAUCCUUGUCUGUACCCUUAACUUAUUCGUCUGUUCGUGUGCUAUCCGAUAUCGAUGAUACUGUAAAAUUGUCCAAUAUGCUCUGUGGAGCGAGAACUGUAUUCCGGAAUGUGUUCGUCAAGGAUCUUCGGGACAGCGUAGUACCAGGUAUGGGAGACUGGUAUAUGCGACUGUGGAACCGCGGCGUUCGAUUUCAUUAUGUCUCUAAUGGGCCUUUCGAACUGCUGCCUGUCCUUAACGACUUCUUCCAGUUGUCACAUCUACCUCAGGGUUCCAUUAAGCUCAGGUCAUACGCCGGUCGAUCUCUCUUCAGUGGCCUGCUCUCCGCACCGUCCGUGCGGAAACGAGCAGGUGUCAUUGAUAUACUGGAUAGCUUCGCGACCUCGCGCUUCAUGCUCGUCGGUGACUCGGGCGAGCAGGAUUUGGAGCUCUAUGCAAACAUUGCCAAAGAGCGACCUGACCAGAUACUGGCCAUCUUCAUACGUGAUGCCAACCCAUCCCAAGACUCGGAAGUAGCAGAGGGUGGACUGAAGCCCCUGGACGACCCCACUGGCGUUGGAAUAUGGCGGAGAGACUCCGACUCGGAUAGCCGCUCAUUCUCGUCCCCCGCAAGGCGCCCACUAUCUAAGUACCGCGUGCGGAGCCCUGUGCGGUCCUUGUCGGAGAUGCCUGUGAGGUUCUCAGUGCACAAGCCGAUGAGGACGUACUCCGCGGACGUGCUAGCGCCGCUGAACAAGACAGCGAGCGGAUACUUCUCUCCUUCGUUGCAGUGUGCUUCCCCCGUGUCGGAGGAGCCGCGGCCGCUGGAAAGUCCCUCGGUCACGCCACCUAUCAGCCGCAGGGGAUCGCCAAAUUACGAAUCACAGUCUUCCAGGGGUCAGAUACUUAUGUCGGAUUCUGAGAAGAGAAGAUAUGAUUUGCAGAUACGGGUGUAUAGGGCUAGGCUAGAGGUGCCGAGACAUAUUCCUCUGCGUGUCUUUCGACAACCUGAGGAAUGCGUCGAGGCUGCUGCGAUGCUUGACAGGCUACAGCUAUGA